AUGUGCGGUAUUCAUUUCGUCAUCUCGCGUGAUGACGCUCAAUCGCUUCCCACAAAUAUUCGCACCUGUCUUUGUGAUCGCGGUCCGGACCAUCUUGGUGAAGUUCGCACCCAAGCAGUACCCUCUGGCGCCAACGCGCAACCCCUGCAUUUGACCUUCACAUCAACGGUCCUAGCUUUGCGCGGUGACCAUGUCACCAAGCAACCGUUUCGCGACGCGUCGUCGGGCUCGGUGCUCUGCUGGAACGGCGAGGCCUGGAAGAUUGGAGGCAAGCCCGUUGAAGGCAACGAUGGCGAGGCCGUCUUCGCCCUGCUGGUAGCGGCCAGUAGCCGUGCCGCGGGCGAAGAUGCAGUGCUGGACGCGCUCCGCACGAUAGAAGGGCCAUUCGCGUUCGUCUAUUACGACGCGUCGUCAUCUCGGCUCUACUUUGGUCGCGACCGUUUGGGAAGACGGUCCUUGCUACUCAAUCGGAAGGAUGGACUGAGGCUGUCUAGCAUCGCGGAGAGCACGUCGCUGGAGUGGUCAGAAGUCGAGGCGGACGGCAUCUACGUGGAUGACCUUGCGUCAUUUGACAUCGAUCCGAAUGUUCCCUUGACACCUCGGUCUUGGUCUAAUGAGGAAGAGGGUACGGUCCUCAACAUUGGUGUCUUCAACACUACAAUACCGCCAUCAGACGUCCCGCCGCUCACUACGACCUCAUCGUCGGUCCAGGCGCUGCGAGAUCAGCUGACUGAAUCGCUCAAGCUGCGUGUCUUGAACGUACCAGAGCCGCCAGCCCAUGAUGCAGGAAACGACACGCGAAUCUCUGUACUCUUUUCGGGUGGCCUGGACUGUACAGUCCUGGCGCGCAUGGCAAGUGACCUGCUGCCGCCAGACCAAGGCAUCGAUCUCAUCAACGUUGCCUUCGAGAACCCGCGUCUCGCGUCAAAGGCUGAGAACUCUGCCGCCAACGUCAACCUUUACGAGGCUUGUCCCGACAGAAUCACCGGCAGAAAGUCGUUUGCCGAGCUGGCUGCGGUCUGUCCGGACCGCCGGUGGAGAUUCAUUGCCGUUGACAUUCCGUACCAAGAAGUCCUCGCUCACCGGAGCCAAGUGAUCUCCCUCAUGUACCCCCACAACACCGAGAUGGACCUUUCCAUUGCUUACGCGCUCUACUUCGCCGCUCGGGGCAUCGGCAAGUCCCAAAGUCACCCCUCCGACACCGGGGUCGACUACGCCACGCCAGUGAGAGUACUCCUCUCCGGCCUCGGAGCAGAUGAGCUCUUCGGCGGCUACGUUCGACAUGCUACGGCAUUCUCGAGGAGAGGCUACCCAGGCCUGCUAGACGAGCUCAAGCUCGACGUCGGCCGCCUCGGUAAACGCAACCUGGGUCGCGACGACAGGGCCAUGGCUCAUUGGAGCCGCGAGGUGCGGUUCCCGUACCUGGAUGAGGACUUCGUCAAGUGGGCGAUCGAGUGUCUGGUGUGGGAAAAGUGCGACUACGGCCGCGGCGAGGUGGAGGGAGAGAUCGAGCCUGGGAAGAGGGUUCUAAGGCUCCUGGCGGAGGCACUCGGCAUGGCUUCCGUUGCUCGGGAGAAGAAGAGAGCUAUCCAAUUCGGUUCAAGAACCGCCAAGAUGGAAAGCGGCAAGACCAAGGGCACCACGCUCAUCGCUCCUUGA